AUGCUGGGUCUGGGACGUGCAGCCGCUUGUCGCCUGAGCCGUGGCGCGACAAGCGUCUCCUUCAUACCCUCUUCUGGCAUAUUCCAGAACUUCUUCAGGGACCUGAGCUCAGACAGCGACAGUCAUGACGAUUUCAAGGCACAGUUGAAGCCCCAGCAACCCGGAGGCGUGGUGGCUACCAUCGAAGAAGACAUAUCAAAACACAAGGUCUUUUUGUACAUGAAGGGUGUCCCAGAAGCCCCACAGUGUGGUUUCAGCAUGCUGGCUUGCCAAAUUCUGAACCAUUAUGGUGUGACAUAUGGCAGCCGCAAUGUUUUGGCUGAUCCAGAAAUUAGGGAAGGCAUCAAGAAAUUUACCAGCUGGCCAACCAUUCCCCAGGUUUUCGUUGAUGGGGAGUUUGUGGGUGGCUCCGACAUAUUGAAGCAAAUGCACGAAAAUGGGGAGCUGAAGAAACUGUUUGGUGGCAAGGCGUGA